AUGCUCCGACAGAAGCUUCCAGCCUCGACUCCGUUGCAAUGUCGUUGCAUCCUCGCCAAGAGUACCCUCCGCGUGGGCGUGUGUCUGCAUUGGCGCUCCUGGCUUAUUCCCUUUUGCAACAGGGAUUGGAGACUCCGCGUGAUCUCGCUCUGGGCAAAACCUCGGAUUUGCGCGGGCGGUUCACGGGGGUUAGACGCCGGGGCUUCCGGGGCUGGCCAGGCCGCUGGAGUCGGGGCGUCCGGCCGCUUCCUUGGACGCAAGCCGCGGCCGGGCGAGUCGUGGUGCCCCGUGUGCGGCGUGACGCUGCGUCCGGGCGAGCUGGAGGCGCACCUCACGCACGAGCUCGACAAGCUCGCCCGCCUCCCGCAGACGCGCCCGCUCUCGCAGAGGACGCCCACGCCCACCGCCUCGGCAGUCCCUACGCCCUCGCCCUCGUCGUCGUCGUCUUCGUCAGAGGAAAGCCUUCGUCAGCGCCAGGUGAUGAGGAGGAGGCAGGGUCGCGCCUGCCCGGGCUGGGAGACUUACCAGCGCGUGCGCGCGGGCCGCCAGAUGCGGUCGCGGUCGAAGCGGCGGCGGACGGCGGGCAGGGGCGCCGACGGAGGCGACGGCGACGGCGAGGGCGAGGAGUGGCAGACCUGCCCCGUCUGCGACAGCCACGUGGACGCCGACACCGCCGACGACAUGCGCGCCCACAUCGAGAGGUGCUUGAGGAAGGCCGAGGUGGAGUUCGAGGACGAGGAGGUGGACGUGGAGGGCGACGGCGACGACCAGUACGAGGAGUACGAGUGGUGCGGCCAGACGCGGGUGCGGGCCACGCAGAUGCUGCGGGCCGAGGGACAGCUGCAUGCGCUGGGCACGAAGGUGGAGCGCGGCAGUGAGGACGAGAUGGUGGACGUGUGCGACGACGCCGCCGACGCCUUCGGGCCCGCGCAGUACGACGACGCCCGCCUGCUGCGCCUCGGCCACGACCUCGGCGCCGCGGACCACGACCUCGGCGCCGCGGACCACGAGCUCGGGGCGGGCCGGGAGGGCGACCGCCGCGACGACCCGCUGAUGCACAAUACGAGCUGCGAGAGUAUGGCGGUCUCGGAGUCCUCGCUGUCGCCGCCCUCGCCCCCCCCGCCGCCCAGCGCCUGCGAGAGGCCGCCGCCCACGGGGGACCACCCGGGAUGCGCGGAGGAAGACGGACCAGACCGCGCUUCGCCUUCGGAAAGAAGCUUGAGCGAGGACCUCAGCAGCGGCGCCGCCUGCAGCAACAGCCUUCCUGUCAACAGCAACGCCCCCAGCGGCGGCGGCGCCGUGGUGGAGGCCCUGAGGGCGCGGGUGAGGGAGCUGGAGGAGGAGCGAAGGAGUGAGCGGUGUGCGUGUCGCGUGUGUCAUGGCGAGUACGAGAAGCCGCUGGUGUCGGUGUCGUGCUGGCACGUCCACUGCGAGCAGUGCUGGCUCCACGCCCUGGCGGCGAAGAGGCUGUGUCCGCAGUGCAGCAUCAUCACCUCAACAGCUGAUCUCCGUCGAGUGUAUCUCUGAAAGGUUAUUGUGUGUCUGUGGUCUCAAAUUCAUGUUUUUCUGCAUUUUGUCGUCUUUUGAUAUUAUUUUCUAUUUUCUGUUGUUCCUUCGGCUUUAUUUGUGUUUGUUUGGAAUACUUAAGUUAUUUUUAAGGUGAUAUAUUCUUCAGUGAGAAUUAUGCAUGGACAUAUUUCAUGCAAAGCGCUGUAAAUUGUAUCUUUCAAAGGUUUAUCAUUUCUUUUGCCGUUGUUCAUAAUUGUAAUUUAUUCAGUAAGUCUUUAUUUUACUUCCGUUGUGGAAACGAGAGGAACCUUCCAGAUAUGUACUUUUGAUAAGAA